GAGGGGACACCCAGUAGUGAUCAAACCAGCGCGGGAGGAGCACGCGCGCCCCUGUCUGCUCUGUGCUGGCGCUGUGGCGGGAGCGGUGCCGGAGGUGGAGGUGCUGUCCUGGCAGACCGCGCAACUCUUAGCCUUUGAAAAUCAUUGACGAAAACGUUUCCUGCCGUCUUUCCACCAGUCUCUGAGUCGCUGCAGCAGGUGGUGGCCUAAGGAGAGAUUACCCUGCUGCUCUCCGCACUUUGAAGCCGUCGCCGCGGGAAAAGUUGCCGCGUGCAAACCUCGCACAGUUUGUAAACACGCGAUGAGUUAUUAUCCCUCUUACCUGAAGGCAAGCAGAGGAAGGCAGGGCAAGGUAGGGGCGGUGUGAGCUUUGUCCCUGUCACCGUCCCCUGUGCCUCCCAGAGAUAUAUCUUCUGUAUGUAAGAUUUCAAAAGAGAACCCAUAAAAAUACUUUAAUUCGGAAUCCUUGUUGGUAAAAUUUUUUCACAAAGCAUCGACCAAACCUCACACUUGCAGCGCGACACGUGGCGGACCAGCCAGCUUCACUGACGCGCACCGCAGAACUACACUGGUAAAAAACGAAAAUAGUAAGAGAAAACGGCAAAUUAAAGUGAUACACUAGAAAAACAGGAAAACAUGGAUGACGGUGCCUGGGCGACGUGAGCGGCAGAGUGAGGACACAACCAGUGGUGGUUGAGGAGCGGCGUGACCAUGGGUUACUGCAGGAGUGACGCCACUGGGUGAAGAGACCUUGCUGCUGGACACUCUAUCCAUCCCAUACCACCACCACCACCGCCACCACCACCACCACCACCACCACUACCGCCAUCCCUCACCCCCCGCCGGGCCGCGCCUCGCCCAGCUAACAUGAGCCGAGAGGGUGACCGGCCCAAGAAGAUCCAGACGCAACGACAAGGCAAACGAGACCAACCUGACGAUCAGACAAUUAAGGAAUUCGCCGAGACCGCCAUGAACGAGCUGCUGGGUCUGUACGGCUAUGGCAAGGUGGACAGCCGCGACACCCUAGGCCUGUCGCUGCACCGCUUCACCGCCACACACAGCCCUCCACGCCCCUCCAGCCCCGCCAGACCCCCGACCACACGUAGCCCAGCGCAUCAAGACAAGCCCAGCCCGCCCCCCGAUGCCCACAGCCCUCCCCCGCAUCAUGGCUCAGAGGCGGAGCAUGAGGAUGACUCUUUUGAUUCUGAAGACAUGGCGGUGCAGCGUCAGGCGGAGCAGAGUGUCAGGAGUGUUAGUCCCCUGAAGACUGACCAGGGCUCCGGCUCCUCCUCCCGCGGCAGCACUCCGAAGUCUGACAGCGGUGGCGGCAAUGCAAGUGGGACGACUGGGCUGGUGCUGUGCUCGUGGUGUGGGCGUGUGUGCGGCAGCGGCAGUAAUGGGCAGCGAGGGGGCAGCGCCUUCCAGCUCUCCACCACCAGCGGGGAGCUUCACUUCUGCUCCGAGGUCUGCUUCACCCAGUGCCGCCGCGCCUCCUUCAAGAAGAGCAAAGUGUGUGACUGGUGCCGUCACGUGAGGCCCACCGUCACCUAUGUGGACUUCACCGACGGAGACCAUCAGUUGCAGUUCUGUAGCGACAAGUGCCUCAACCAGUACAAGAUGCAGAUAUUUUGCCGCGAGACGGAGGCCCACCUGCAGAUGCACCCUCACCUCAACGACCUGAAGCCAGCCACCUCCAGCGGCCUCAUCACCCCAGACCUGUGGCUGCGGGACUGCUCUCAGAAGGGCAACGAAUCGGACACCCAGCUGGAGAAUGAGGUGCAGGUGGGCUCCCCGGACUCGCCGCCCCGCCCGCCUUCAGCUGCCCUUGCCUCACCGGACCCCUCGGAGCCCGUCAAUCUCACCACCACUCAGUCAUCCCGUAACGACCCACGGGGCUCCUCUCCCCCCGCAAGGGCUUCCCCGCUGCCUUUAAGACAAGGCACCGCACGCCCAACAGAGACGCGCAGUCCUGCUCCGCCGCCCGCCCCUCGUUAUGGUCGUCCAAGACUUCGAGACCGGCGUGAGGGCGGCAGGGACACAGGGCGCCCGCGGAACAUGCGCUCCUCCAUGCAGGUGACGCGCACAGCCCAGCCAGAGACAGAGCGGCAGGAGGAGCCAGUCAGAAUGCCCACUAUUCGAGUGAGGCAGCUGGAGGCGCAGCAGCAGGAGCCGGGGCCAGCAGGGGAGCGAGAAUCAGCUCCAGCAGUGGAGGUGGGUGGUGAGGGCAGCGGAGACGGCUCCCCUCACCCCCCCGCCCAACCACCUGGACUGCCUUUAGGUGGCUUGGGAGGCGGACUAGGUGGAUUAUUACCUAUUGUUGGCGGAGCGCCGCUGUUGCUGCCACACAUGCUGCCGCCGGACCUUCCACGCACGCCUCUGCUGCCCCAUUUGUUGCUGCAGCGUCCUGAACUUCUGCGUCCACCUCCAAUUCGCCAUCCAUUACUGUCGGCGCCGCAGGCACCUGCCCCGCACCCUGCACCUCCCACAGCCGUCCCACCACCUCCUCCAGGACCACCAAAGACCCUCGGGGGAUCCCUACUACCUCCCGUGACGGUGCUAUUACCGUGUCCUCUACCUAUCCAUCCCAUUCCUAUACCAAUACCAAUACCUAUCCCAGUGUCGCCUAGGAGUGAAGCUCCAGAAACUCGUUCCCAGGUGCAGAAGGAGUCCUCGGGGCGGCCACGCUCGGUGCCUAGGAAGGAUGCAGCUCGGCCCGGCUCUGUCAUAAACGGUCCCAUGGGUGCAUCCACCAGCUCUGCGGCCCCAGGCUGUCCAGGCCCCGUCCCACCUUUACCACCGCCGCCCAAGUCUUCCUCCUCGCCCUCCAGUGAAGGAGGGGAAAGGGGACCGCGGCCUGACCGUGAGCGCCGCAGCAUCCUGCGCUACACUUCUGACGUGUACGAGAUUAAUGGGGUUUUCCUGCCUCGUGACUCUGCCUGGGACUCCCCAGAGCCGCUGCACUUGCGUCGCGCCCUGGUAGGGGAGACAGCCCAGGAGACCAGUGCUACUAGCGCCAGCUACGCCCUGCAGCAAGAGGUAGAAUCCAAGAACCCUUCAGAAAGCCCCUCCCCGGAGCCCAGUGAAGACAACAAAGAGGCGCUAGCUGGCCUCACGCGGCGCAGAGAAGAGAACAGCACUGUCAGGAAGUUGCUCGGAGAUGACGACGAAGAUGUCGAGGAGCACAAAGAGGAAAUCAAACCUGCGGACUCCACGGAAGCGGAAAGCGCCAGCCCACCCGCCCCCGCCGUGCCGCCAGCUAGGAAGAGGCCCCCGUCCGGCGAGCACGUACAACCCCUACCCAAGAAGAAGCACUUGCUAGUGUGACCCCAGCCGUCCCUCCGGCACCGAGGGGGACGCACCCGCAGAGCUCGGGCAGUUGACAACCAUGGCGGACGCGGCGCCGGGCGGGGGCCUUAACUGUGGCUCUGCUGUCCCUUGCAUCGUCACGCCCAGCAACUCCAGAACUAAGCAGUUACCCGUGGCCACGAGCUCCCCUGACGGUGAUGCAGAACACAAGCUGGAGCAGGUCCCUCUAGAAUGAAGCCAAAGAAACGUGUCCCCAGCGAGCAGCCUCGUACCGGCGGCGGACCGCGGCAGCUCAGGUGGUGAGCCCCUGGCUGGCCGCUGCCGCCGGGCUGCUCGCUGCAGUGUGCUGCUGCUGCUGCUGCUGCUGCUGCCGCCGCUGUUGCUGCUGCUGCUGCUGCUGCUGCCGCCGCUGCUGCUGCUCCUGCCGCCGCCCCUGUUGCUGCUGCAGUGUUCUCUGCAUUGUACAAUAAGCUUUCCUGUACUAUAGUGUGACGUCAUAGAUGUUGAUGUAUAUACAGUGAUAUAUUCUUACGCCGCGUGUUAUAUGUUUUAUGUUGAUAUUACAUAUGAAUAUAUAUAUACAUACAGACACUUGGACAUACAAACAGACAGACAAACAUAUACUUUAUGAUUAUACCAUCUUGCCCUAUCUUUUCAUAUGCCCUUUUUGUAUUAAUCUCUCUCUCUCUCUCUCUCUCUCUCUCUCUCUCUCUCUCUAUACCAUCUUGCCCUAUCUUUUCAUAUGCCCUUUUUGUAUUAAUCUCUCUCUCUCUCUCUCUCUCUCUCUCUCUCUCUCUCUCUCUCUCUCUCUCUCUCUCUCU